CAGUGGCGUAUCUAAAACAUUAUACUACAUAAGGCUGGAGGUCACUGGGUUAGGCUUUAUUAAACGACCAUGCCGAAGCUAUUUUUAGGGUUGUUCCUCACCGUCUAGUUGUAUCAAAUGCCUUGUUGCUUGGCUGUGUAGCAGAUGAAGCCAACCUGUUAUGCGAUGUGUCCGACACAAAGUCCUCAGCUUCAGAUUAUAUAUUCACUGAAAUUUACCAAUUCAUACAGUCUAUUUGAAUCGGCCGUGGUAUAUACUGUCUUUCCAGUCUCCACCAUGAAGAGCUCCAGGCCCGCUCCCCAGGAGCAGUGUGGUGUUUGGUUGGACCCUGUGGAACUGAAAUCAAAAGUGAAAAAAAAGCAGCCGUUCCGGCCCAUUUCUAACCUGCUGAACCCAUUGGCUGGAGGUGAUAGAUACAGUUUGGCCGUGGCGCUAAACUUCACUCAAACCAAAAUCGAAAUGCCAAAUGUCAAACAGAGUUCUAUAUCAUCCUUCUUUACUGCCCAACGCAGAGUUCUCAAGAAGAUGUCUUCAUCUGAAGAUCUACACAUUUAUCAAACUUCUUCCUCUAUAUCCAAUCGGGACUCCAGCAUUUCCACCACGGGAGCUCCGGGGACGAAGAGAAAACAUGAAGUGGUUGACCGGAUACCCGACGUCAAGUCCCAGGCCAAGGCUGCCUGCACUGAUGUGGACAGGACAGGUACUGGACACCAGUGGAUGGGUCAAAGUGGUCAGAAGACUGAUCCUAAAGACACGGCUCGGCAUGAGUACAACAGCACCCUGCCGUGGGACAAUCAGUGCCGAGAACAGGAAGCAGAAGAGCUGCUUAGCCAACCAAAAAGGAUGAAGCUGCACCCUGAAACCUUUUCAGUCUACACAGUUGGGGUUGACCCUCACAUAGAUGAACUUAGUCAGAAGCCAUUGAGUCAGUUCUGUAGUUCCCAAAACAUCCAGAAACAAAUUAACCGCAUCGAAAACAAAAUACCAGAUUUCCUUCCUCCCGUUUCCCAGCGUGACUUUGCCUUGAGCAACGAGGAGCGGCCCACACCGGGGCGCUGCAGGGACACAGGGGCGGAUAUCCCUGAAAGCUUGACUCAAAGUGAAAGUGGCUUUGGGGAUGUUCUGGGGUCAGCAGGUCGAACAUCCACUCAAAAGCCUUUCGAGCACACAAACGCGUCUCAGAUCAAUGAGGAGAAUGACCAAUACCGUUUGACAUGUUCACAACCUCAAUACGAACACCAGGUCUCAACAACACCUAAACCUCUUGAUACAUGGACAGAGCCAAAAUCAAACCCUUUGAAGCAUCGUGAAACAGAUCAGGUCCGGGCAACGGUGGAAGAACAUGACAUUUUUCCAGAGCGAGCUUCCAUGAAACCAAAAGACUCUCUCGGUAACAACUACCGGGUCCCAGACCCCCUGCCCCAUAACCUUGGGAACGCUAUAGAUCUGCUGUUCACUCAGGACUCUGAAGGCCUCCGGGUCAUAGCCCACCGUGGUCCAAGGGCCCCCAGGAACCCCCUUAAGGAUCACACCAACCUGGGCCUCACAUGGGAGCAGGGGACUGGAGCUCAGAAAUAUGAGGUCUAUGAGGAGGAGGAAGAGAUGCUCUUCACUCAAGAUUCUCAGGGAAAUAUGGUCAUCAAACAUUAGGUGCUCAAAUUCUGUUUUUCACUUACGACAAACGUCACUUACGGUAUUCCAUGGUCAUAAAGAGUUUUGUGUGUUUUCUCUGUCUUCUUCGUCCUCUAUUGGAGGUUACUGUUGUGAGUCGUACUUGAUACGAUGAUCAUGAAAAGCUUAUGUGUCAACAUUUGCUCGUAACUAACUGAAACUGUUUGGAUUCAGAGUGAUUUCUUGGAGUAUUGUCCAUCUCGCCCCCCCUCUUGUUCGACUUCUGAUAUGUUUUAUCUUAUUAAAGGAGCUGUUUGUCCAGUACCUGGCUGUGUCCUCGUUCAACAAUGGAUCUGGCAAAGGGUCGAAGUCGCUCUCAUA